CUCAGGUCAAUCAACAGUCACUCGACUUCCACUGCAUCAACAACUUCGACUUGCAAUCAUGCGAACUUUCAUUGUUGUCGUUUUGGCAGCCCUGGCCCUGGCUACUCCCGCCCUGGCACGCACCAUGGAUCGCUGCUCUCUGGCCAAGGAAAUGGCCAAGUUGGGCGUGCCCCGCGAUCAGUUGGCCCGUUGGACUUGCAUCGCCAAGCACGAGAGCUCAUUUCGCACUGGCGUCGUGGGUCCCCCGAAUUCGGAUGGCUCCAAUGACUACGGCAUCUUCCAGAUCAACGAUCGCUACUGGUGCCAGCCGCCCAAUGGCAAGAAGUCCAGCAACGGUUGUGGCCUCAGUUGCAAGGCCUUGUUGAGCGAUGACAUCACCAAGUCGGUGCGUUGUGCCCAGAAGGUGUUGCAGCAACAGGGUUGGCCCGCUUGGUCCACCUGGAAGUUCUGCAAGGGCCAUUUGCCCAGCAUUGAUCCCUGCUUCAAGUAGAGUUUGCAAUUGUUAUCGGAGAAGAUUAUACAAUAAAAAGAGCAAAGCAUAA